CAGAAAGAGAGAGAGAAAAAAAAAGGAUAGGAAUAUUCUUGUCGCAUGCGCAAACCGUAGCUCGCCCCGAUCUGUCCACCUCCCCCUGCCUUACCCAUUGUCGUCUCCUAUGCGCGCAAUCCAACAGGGCGGGUGGCCGUGGCGAUCCGUCUUGCGCCACACACCAUCGCCAUCACCACCACGGCGACCGCCCGCCGUUAAGGGGCGCGGGCUAACCACCCGCGUCAACCCCGGGGCUGGCCUCGCGCCGGCACCGGUCCCGUCCUCGCACCCUCCGCUUACCCCGGGAUGGCACGCCUCGGGUCAGACUCGCCCCCGAACAGUGCCGGCCUCGCCUCCGUCGUCGCGCCACCGCUGGAUCAGCACCAGCGCGAGCCGCCCGGCAUCCCUCAUCACUAAGAACCCCUUCGGCGAGCGGCGGGUGGGACAGGUGAAACCGCGCGCGCGCAAGGGCAUGAUGACUCCGUCUCCCUUCCGCCUCACCACGGUGGCGGCCCUCCCGAACAACACCAACGUCGAAACCGUGUCCGUCCGCGACGUCCUCGGCGACCCGCUCAUCUCCGAGUGCUGGAGCAUCAACGACACCCACGACAUCCCCUGGUUCAUGAGCCAGUUCCACAAGGGCCCGGGUUUCCCCACUACGGUUCACAUCAUCCAAGGCCUCAGUACUAACCUCCCCGAAAAACACGCCCUACUGGAGCAAAAAGAGAGCUACAGCAACGUCGUGAUCCACGACGUGUACUCGAAAGCCAUGACGGGCACGCACCACACCAAGAUGCUGGUGCUCUUCCGGCGCGACCUCACGGCCCAGGUCGUCGUCCACACGGCCCAGAUGACGCGGCACGACUGGGACCGCCACACGAACGGGGUCUGGCUGUCGCCGCCGCUGCCCCUGCUCCCGCACAACGCGCCCGCGCCCACCGCCGAGGACCUGCAGAUCGGCCGCGGCGCCAGGUUCAAGCACGACCUGCUGAACUACCUCCGCUCGUACGACGACAACCGGGGCGAUUGUAGACACAUCAUUCACCGGCUAGCACAGCACGACUUCUCCGCCGUGCGCGGCGCCUUCAUCGGCAGCGUGCCCGGCCGCCACGUCCCCCGCGACGUCCCCCGCGACCCAAGUCAGACCCAGUGGGGGUGGCCCGGCCUGCGCCAGGCUCUCGAGGCGGUCCCGGGCCCGGAGGGCGGCCAGGUCGUGAUGCAGACCUCGUCGGUGGGCAGCCUGGGCGACGCGGAGGAGUGGCUGGGCUGCGCGCUGGGCCCGGCGCUGACGGCGUCGGGGCGCGGGCCGUCCGAAAAGCCCAACCCCAACCCGCCCAAGUUGCAGGUCGUCUUCCCCACCCCCGACGAGAUCCGGCGCUCCGUCGACGGCUACGCCUCCGGCAAGGACCUCCGCAUCAAGAUCAAGCCCAAGGCCCACGCCGGCCGGUUCAAGCUCCUGCGGCCCAUGCUCCACCGCUGGUCCGGCAGACGCUGGAACAUCACCGGCGAGGACCCCAUGAAAUUCGAGGGCCAGGAAGACAUGGGCCUCGCGGGCCGCAGCGGCGCCACGCCGCACAUCAACAUGUACGUGCGGUACCAGGCGGGCGGGGGCGCGGCGGACUGGGCGCUGCUCACGUCGGCGUCGGUGUCGGCCAAGUCGUGGGGCGAGGCGCCGCGGGCGGGCGACGGGACCGUGGCCAUCGGCUCGUGGGAGGCGGGCGUGCUGGUGUGGCCGGCCCUGUACGCGGCCGGCGCCCGGAUGGUGCCGGUGUACCGGACCGACACGCCCGUCCCCGCGGUCCGCGGCCAGGGCCCGCCCCUCGUCGGCCUCCGCAUCCCCUACGGCCUGCCCCUCAUGCCCUACGACGCCGACGACACGCCCUGGGUCGCGUCGACGAAGCACGACCAGCUGGACUGGCUCGGGAAUAAGUGGGUUCCCCCGCCCAAAGGCGACGGGGCUGAGAAACCCAAAGAGAAGAAACCGCCUAAUCUCAAGCGUAUCCUGGACAGUAGAGGGUAUGACGUUACAAGAAGGGAUGGGUCGAGGAUAAGGUUUAUAGCUGAUAUAGAACGGCGCUAAAGAAGGCCCUGGUCACGACCGCAUUGGAAACCGGGCGCCGAAAGCGGCUCGGGUUCUGCGAGACAGAUUUAUGUCAAUCACUCUCCCCCCAUGUAUUCCUACUUUACUACCCGCGUCCUAUGCGAGGCAUAAUCCAUCCCAUUCUCGUGCUGUAUUUAGUUAGGUACCCGUCUGCGUCGGUCUACGAACAGAUCGCAGAAGAGGGAAAGUAUUUCGUGGCAUGGGGCGGCACGUGUGUCUACGACGGAUUGCUUGUAAAAAAAGGGGUUUGCGCCUCUAGCUAGGUAGCGUAGCUAUAGCAUCGCCGCGGUAAUUGCGCCGUCUUUCGUCUGUCGCUGUCCCGCCGCCUCACAGCAAUCACACAGCUACCCUCUGCUCCCCACCACAAACCCGGCGCCUCUCAAGGCGCGAGGUGCGCCGUACGGGACCGUGCCGCACGAUCGCGUGGCGAGCAUUUCCCCGCCUCCCGUACUGUCCCCCCCGAUCGUCCCAGUAGACAU